AAAAGUCGAGAUACGUUGGUUACCAAUUUGCGAUGUCGUCCUACUCUACUUCAUUCCUUUCUUGUACCUCUGUUCCUUUCUCAGAGGUUUAAACUCCAAACAUACAAUUAAGUAACAGGAAAGAAAUGUCCUGUUCUUGGGUAAUCUUUGCGGAGGAACAAAGAUUAGAUUAUGCGUUCCCUCGCUCUCAUUUAUACUGCUUGUCUACUCUAUUCUUCUUCUAAACAUCCGGGGUCUGAAGGAGGAGAACCAGAGAAGAAUGCAAAUGUCAUCAAUUUGCUCCCCAAUAAUAUCGUUCACUCGUACUCGUCACCAUUUUCCAUUCCAGCUUCAAUUUACCCGCCAUCAACAUCAUAAUUCUUUUUCUUCUUAUAAUGCAAAUGGUGUCAGUAUUUGUAGUAUAAUUGGGUCUCAUGGCCCUUGCGGCUUCGGGGUCCUUCCGGCCUACUACUCGUUUCUUUCUCGGCCCUCCUCCUCUAUUAUUGGUAUCACUAGUACUACCGCUCGUAGUAGUCGGAGGAAGAGAAGCCGGUUUGCUGUGGUCUCUGCCAGCGGAGGCGGCUUGGAGAGAUUCACGGAACGAGCAAUCAAGGCCGUAAUCUACUCUCAAAGAGAAGCAAAAGAACUUGGCAGGGAUAUGGUAUUUCCCCAGCAUCUCUUGCUGGGUUUAAUCGCCGAGGAUGAGGAGGACCAUCGCUAUCAUUCUGUCCAUGAAGGCUUUCUUGGAUCUGGCAUCAGCCUACAACAGGCACGCGAUGUUGUUUGCACCAUCUGGCAUCAUCCUCAUCAAGAUCCUGCCGAUACGAAUAGCACUAUUGCUAUUGCGUCUCUGCCCUUCUCCAUUAGCACAAAGCGCGUGUUUGAGGCUGCGGUGCACCACUCCAGAAUCAGCUCUCAUCAUUUUAUAGCUCCAGAGCAUAUCUCUAUUGCCCUUUUCACCCUUGAUGAUGGCAGUGCCGCUCGAGUAAUCACGAGUUUGGGGGCAAAUAUCAAGCAGUUGGCAGCUGUGGCACUCUCUAAACUUCAACGGGAGAUUGCCAAAGAUGGUAGAGAGCCAUCUUUGGUAUCUAAAGGGAUGCAAGAAAAAUAUUUUUCUAGAAUGGCCUCUGUUUUCAAUUCCUCCAAAAUGCCAAGAGAGAGAGGUGCUUUAGAAAAGUUCUGUGUGGAUCUUACAGCCCGUGCUAGUGGCGGGUUCAUAGAUCCCGUUAUUGGCCGAGAAACCGAAUUUCAAAGAGUUAUUCAGAUACUUUGCCGCAGAACCAAAAAUAACCCCGUUCUUCUUGGUGAAAGUGGAGUUGGAAAAACGGCCAUUGCUGAAGGACUGGCAGUAAGCAUUGCAGAGGCAGAUGUUCCUUUUUUUCUCUUGACAAAACGUGUUAUGUCCUUGGAUAUAGCACUAUUAAUGGCUGGUGCAAAGGAGAGGGGGGAAUUAGAGGCACGUGUUACUGCAUUAAUCAACGAAGUGCUGAAAGCAGGUGAUGUCAUUCUUUUUAUUGAUGAAGUUCAUGUACUUGUUGGUUCCGAAACGGUUGGACGAGGAAAUAAGGGAUCUGGUCUUGACAUUGCCAAUCUAUUGAAACCGUCAUUAGGGAGGGGUCAACUACAGUGCAUUGCGUCCACAACUGUAGAUGAAUACCGGAUGCAUUUUGAGAGGGAUAAAGCAUUUGCAAGAAGAUUCCAGCCUGUGUGGAUUGAUGAACCUAGCCAGGAUGAUUCAGUGAGAAUAUUGAUGGGUCUGCGUGAGAAAUAUGAGGCCCAUCACAACUGCAGAUUUACAUUGGAAGCCAUAAAUGCAGCUGUGGAUCUAUCGGCCAAAUACAUAUCUGAUAGGUAUCUUCCUGAUAAAGCUAUUGGUAUCAUUGAUGAGGCUGGGAGUAGAGCCUGUAUCGAAGCCUUCAAGAGGAAGAGAAAACGGCGAACACGCAUACUUUCCAUGCUGCCAGAUGAUUAUUGGCAAGAAAUUAGGACUGUUCACGCUAUGCAGGAAGUGGUCCUGGCGAGUAAGGAACAUGUUGGUGGUUCUAGCAUGGAUAAUACAAAUGAAUCUAUGUCAAAAGUCACAUUGCCUUCCAAUGAUGAUGAACCUAUGGUGGUAGGACCGGAUGAUAUAGCAGCAGUUGUUUCCUUGUGGUCAGGAAUUCAAGUUCUGCAGAUUACUGCUGAUGAAAGAACGCUUCUGUUGGGUCUUGAUGAACAACUUCGGAGACAAGUUGUUGGUCAAGAUGAGGCUGUUUCUGCUAUUUCUCAAGCUCUCAAGAGAUUCCGGGUUGGGCUGAAAGAUCCCAAGAGACCGAUGGCAGUUAUGCUCUUUUGUGGCCCAACCGGGGUUGGCAAAACUCAAUUAACAAAAGCUUUGGCGGGAUGCUAUUUUGGAUCGGAAGCAGCCAUGCUAAGACUUGACAUGAGUGAAUAUAUGGAGGGGCAUUCGGUGAGUAAAUUAAUAGGAUCACCCCCAGGUUAUGUUGGCUAUGGUGAGGGAGGCACUCUAACAGAGGCUAUUAGAAGACGACCUUUCACAGUGAUAUUGCUUGAUGAAAUAGAGAAAGCCCAUCGAGAUAUAUUAAACAUCCUCCUCAAUUUGUUUGAAGAUGGCCACCUUACCGAUUCUCAGGGACGGAGAGUAUCAUUUAAGAAUGCAUUGGUGGUGAUGACUUCAAACGUAGGAUCUACUACCAUUGCUAAGGGUAGACAGAGCUUCUUUGGUUUCUUGAAUACUGCCUAUGAGUCAACUUCAUAUGCUGGAAUGAAAGUAAAGGUAAUGGAAGAACUAAAGGCAUACUUUUGUCCAGAAUUGCUCAACCGCAUAGAUGAAGUAGUUGUGUUUCGUUCCCUCGAAAAGGCUCAGAUGCUUGAGAUUUUUAAUCAUAUGCUGCGAGAGGUGAAGCAAAGGCUCAUAUCUCUAGGAAUUUGUUUAGAGGUAUCUGAAUCAGUCAAGAAUAUGGUGUGCCAACGAGGCUAUGACCAGAUUUAUGGUGCCCGGCAACUGAGGAGAGCUAUAAAUCUUAUGAUUGAGGAUGUCUUGAUUGAAGCGAUCCUUUCGGGAAACUUCAAGCCUGGUGAUACUGCAGUCGUUGAUUUGAAUACUUUUGGAUAUCCAUUUGUCAUAAAUUUGUCAGAUCAUGGACCUCACCCAGUAUCUGAUUCAGCUUCCAUUUUGUAAUAAUCCAUCAUUUCAUGGCUUUCUUUUAGGGAUACAACCAUUUAAGCAUCGUUUGUAGUUCAGGUAAUAUUGAUUCAAGUAUAAAUAACCAAAGACUAUGAACUGAUUUUGUUGUUGUUCUCUUAU